AUGGCUAAGUAUAAUCGGCUGUUGGGUUUUAGGUUUCGCCCUACAGAUCAAGAACUCCUCAGUUACUUCCUCUACAAGAAAGCGAUAACCAAGGAUCCAUUAAUGGCGUCGUAUUACAGCAACUUUGUGCAUGAGUUCAAUUUCUUGGGCGAAACAGAGCCCUGGGUGGUCUGGGAUCAGUUCGGAGGGCCUGGCCUGGUCGACGAAGACCUAUAUUUCUUCACCCAACUCAAGAAUUUAAGCCAAAACGGUAAGCGAAUCAAACGCAAGAUUGAGGCCGGAGGUACUUGGAGCGAAGCCUUCUCGAAAAAGGUUUACGACAAGACGACCGGAAACCCUAUCGGCCAAAAAAGGAAUUUGCGCUACGAGAACCAAGGGUGCGAGCACCACGGCAAGUGGCUACUAGAAGAAUACAGUCUUCUUAAUAAAGAGGCGCAGAAGAUUGUGCUAGCUUAA